AUGGCGGACUUGGAGCCAAACUGGCGUGUCCGCUUCCUGGCAGGACAGCCUCCCGCCAUAGUGCGGGUUCGGAAUCUUCAGACAUCCAUUGAGGGACCAUCCGAUGCCUGGAACAGAAAAGGGAGGCCUCAGCCGCUGAGCGUCUCCGCCUCCGUCAUGCUCAAGGAGGCCUUCGACGGCUCAUCUUCUGCCGAUAGCGUGCAGGCCGAUACCGUUCACUAUGGCCUGCUUAGCAAGGCGAUAUUGGCUUCACUCGAGAAACAGAGCCAGCACGCAGAAGGAUCAGGCGACACAUCUAAGAAAAGUCAGUUUUCAAGUUUACGAGACAUCGUCAACACCAUCUGGGAGGAUCUCACCGGCCAGGACUGCAACGGAAGGGCCAAGGUGACGGAUGAGGACUCAGAGGCCCAGACCUCGUUCCUGAAACCAUCGACGAUUCGAUGUCUCGAGCUCACUGUGCACCUGCCCAAGGCAUCGCUGCUGGGAGGCGGCGUGAGUCUCACCAGAAUAGCCCUCUUUGGACGUGAUGGCGAGUCAAGACCUCAACCAAGGGGCUUGAGCCUCAAGAUCCACGACCUGAGAGUUCCCACUCUCAUCGGUGUCAAUGACAACGAGCGGCAGGCCAAACAGGUCGUCGUUGCGAGUAUUGAAAUUGACAAGUUUGAUAUCGACAAAGACAUAUUCACAAUGAUAGAAGGAGAGACAGUCAAGGUCAUGAGCCAGUCGUCAUUUGAAACGCUUGAGGCGUUGGCCAGCACUCUGGCGAACAACCUUGCCAGCUACUUGCACUCAAAUCACACAGGAUUCACGAACAGAAAAGGCUGGCCGAUCAAGAUUGCUCUGGAGAAGCCCAUCGCCGUUGUCCUCGCUGACGCGGCCUGCGUGCAACUGAGCGUGAAUUCAUCCGAAGUGCUUGGCGCAAUUCAAUGA